CUGAGAAGCAGAGUGACAACCAUGACGAUUUUGCUGUAGAAGAGCCUCUUUGUGGUACGCAAGGUGAAGAUGGGGAUCCUGAACAUGACAAAGCUUCGCCAACAAAGUCUUCUGUCGUACUACGUCGCUCGAUCUAUGUAUCUCCUGAUACGUUCAAGGAUGUAGAUUCCAGAUUUUCUCUUGCUGGACGCAAGUACGAUUGCGACUUCCCGAUCGACCUCAUUGAGUCGUAUGGCCACUGGAUUUCGCUCUCUACAACAACUGGUGGGAAGAGCACAUCUUCCAGUAAGACGGCGAUGGGCAUGGAGGUGGUGGAAGAAGGUGAUAAUGGGAAAAAAGCGGGAGACAAGGAGGACGAACAGGAAGAAGUAGUCGCAAGCAAAAAGCAAUCGC